GGAUUCGAAGUUAUACACUACAAAUACCUAACGCGUUUUCAACCCAGUGGGUGGUCUUUACACAUUUGGAUCUCAUAGGAGUAUCUUCCUCCUAAGGCAAUACCAGCCAUCUGAUAGUGUCACACUUUGGCACUCAUAUAGACAUACUUCACUCUUUUCUCUGUGAUAGGAAUGAAAACUACAAUUAUUUUGUUGUACAAGUAAUACCCACUUUGUUGCUUGUGAGGAUUUUUUAAUAAUAGAUGGAGGAUUGUAAUAUAUUUGGUUAUUCUCUGUUGUCUGUAUAUAUUCCUUUGGUGUCUGACGCCUUCUGAGUUUGUUUCAGAAUUUAUAAAGACUGGUAAUUACAUAUUAAAUCAAACCUGAUUGUAAUUAGACGAACCUCACGAGUGUGUUGCAGAUCGCCUUAAACCAUUUGCAAAAAAAAUAAAAGAUCUAGACGCAUUUAUAAUUCAGCCGGAAAACACACAGAGCAGUCUACUUACAUUUACGGGUUCGUUGCUGACUCAUUUUUACUAAUCCUGACGUAGGGAAUGGUUUCAUUGGUUGUUCUUUCCAAGAACAUAACAUAUUGAUUCACAAUAACGGGUUUUUAUCUCAAAGCACCAAGAUACCUGCACUGAUCACACUAGAUGUUCAUGGAUAUGUUAAUUUCAGUAUGUUCUUAUAAAAAGUAUUUUAGUAUGUCUCAGAAGCACUACUACUUGAUAUCCGAGACGGAUUGAUGCAUAAAAUGAGCUGUUUCAAGCAUGUGAAUGAACUAUGUGUAUCUUCCGGUACAACGGUGUACGCUCAUCGUCGGUAUCCAAGCCUUCUGAUUCAAACAUUUCGUGUCUACAAUCCUAUGGACUGGGAUAACACUGUCAAAAUUGAUAAAGGUAACCUAAGGAAUUGGACAGAACUUGUUUCGUUACGUUUUAUUCGACUUCAACAAAAAAGUGGAUUAAAGAAUCAUGCUGCAGAAGAAGUCACAUAUCAAAUUGCUUGUGGAUUAAUACAUUUACCUGUAUCAGAUAAUUUUAAAUCAAAUGAUCAUAAUCCAAUUAUAGCAAAAGUAUUAGUAGUUGUUGUAUAUGAGCCAGUAUUUCCAGAAAAUCUAACUGUUUUAUCUGGAUCAGCCCAGUCAUAUACUUUUAUUACUGGUAUCCGGAUAUCAGAUCAACCAAUAUUGAUUACAGAGCAUGAUUUAAUUCAAUUUAAAUCAGAUCUUGGACAUUUGGCCAAAGAACGAACACGACUGGAAUCGUUAAUUUCAUCUGAAUUAAUGUUUGCCUUGAGUUAUCCAGAAAGUGAAUUACGUAAAGAGCAUACUGAUGCUUGGAAUUUCUUAUGGACAUCAGGAAUAACUAUUAGUCAUUCCUAUGCUCCUAGAGCUGUCAAUGCAAAAGAUAUCAAUACAACAUUAUAUUACAUUGCAUCAAAUAGUCCAGAUUUAUUAUCAACUCAAUCAUCAAUGAUGAAUAAUUCAACUAUAAAUGAGUAUAAAGUUCGAUAUAAAGAUUAUAAUCAGUGUUUUCGAGGGACGUAUACUUUAGAAACAAAUUCAUUAUGGCAACCUGUUACAUCACUUGCAUCUAUGCAUAAUUUAAUACAGUCAUGGCGUCAUAUAUUAAUUGAUGGUGGAUGUGAGAAAUUACUCCAAUCCGGUGUUUAUGGUGUUCAUCAGGCUGUACUUCGUAGUAUCGGUUCGUUCUAUGUAGGCUAUGAUCAUACAUCAUUUGAUUAUCCAACAGAUUCAUUGUAUCGUGAUAUUCUAUUCCGUCGAAUUCAUUUAAAUAAACCAGGUGUUUAUGCAAAUUUUGAAAUACGUCUAUUAUCUCGUGAAGGUAGUAUUAGUUCACCACAUUUAAUGGCUGUUGAAUUAUCUGUAUGGCGUUCUCCAAGUCUUACAACAUUAUUAUCUUCAUCAUUAUCUAAUAAUGUAUAUGACAAUAGUAAUUCCAUUCUUCAAGCUAUUAAUUUUUUUAUUAAAUUAGAGAAUGAUGCAUUAAAUAGCUCACUUUAUGUUUGUCCAGCUGCUUGUUAUUCAACACCAGUUCUAGUCAAGACUACUAGACUCGUCGUGCCAUUUACCGUAAGUAUACCGCCUACAGCACUAAUGUAUCUAGGAACUGAACUCGGAGAGCUCAAGAAGUACAGUCAAACUCUACGUUAUGUUAAAAUAUCUCCCGGUCCAGCACCCAGACAUGAUAUAAUUACAUUGCAUAGACAUGGACAUGCAUUCGGCGGGUUACCAUGGCUUUUUUGGAUUAGUUUGGUUUUACUGAUCGCUAUUUUUCACAUGUUUUUCUGUAAAAUCAUAUACAACGAACUGCGAAAUAAGAACCAGAAGUUUGAACCUCAGAAUUCCUGGAAGUUACCACGAUACGCGUCUGAUUUGAUCUCCUCAACAGACCUCGAAACUAAAGCCCUUAGAAACACCCAGAUAUCAAGACGAAGAAUAGUUGAUUUAGACACUGUCCCAUGACUGGGUCAUAGUGAAUCUAACUAUUUUUCAUCCAAUUUGCUUUCUUUUAUAAAAAAAAAAUUUUUAGAGAUAAACAUUUAUAUACAUAUAUGAAACAAAACUGUUUUGAACAAAGCACGGUUAUUCAUACUGAAAAAUAUAGUGUUAGAAAGUAAUAU